AUGAAAGCAACCUCGCUGCCUCACUGCACGACGAACGGGACAGCUGCCUCUGUUUUAUCUGUCUCGUCCCACCCGUCUGUUCUUCCCCCGCUUGUUGCGUAUGCCCGCGAACACGCCUGCAGAGACGAAGCAGUUUGGGCCGGAGGCCGCUCUCUCUCGCAUCCUGUCUGGACCGUUCUGCCUUCUGCAGCGCACGCUUCCCUUCGCAGGAGUCCAGGCAGACGUGUCUCUCCACCUGGUGAAGGCCCUCCAGGCCGGGCUGAGAGCGAUCUUCCACCCCUCGUGAGUCACGCAGCGGAGAAGCACCACCGCAGCGCACCUCCCUCUGAGAGUGAGGCUGUGUCUCUGGACCGACAGAUGACGGCGCGAGGCGACGCUUCCGGGCUUCCCUCUGAAUGCAGAGACACGCUCUGCGCUCCGCCUGUCGCGACAAGGGGGCGGCUGAGAGGCGGCGAAGAAACGACGGAGGCGCAGAAGCGCGCAGAUCGGGUGUAUCGAGGCGUGCGCGAGGAACCUCCCGGCUGGCAGCGAUGGGAGCUUGAGACGCGCGCCGCAAGUCCAGGCCGUCGUGCGGACCAGGCCAACGAGGGAGAUCGGCAGGUGGUUGCCCUCGCAAGGGCGGAGAUUCUUCUCCGGGGACUUACGCGUCAUUCUCUGCUCUGUGAGUUUCUAACGACGGGCCGGAAGGAGCAGCCGAGGCCAUGGAAGACAGUCCGCGACGCAGGCGUGCGCUUGUCGCGCGACGAAGAAGACUCAGCACCUCGUCCUUUCUCUCUCGCCUCUCUGCGGUCGAAUGCAGAGCAGGAUUGCCUCGAGCUCCGUAGACUCCAAAUCAGACCCAACUUCCCGGACCGUCUCCGCGACGUCUUACCCUCCUGCCAUGGGAAUCAACAGUGGGGAGAUUUGCAAGGGGGUGAAGAGGAAGAGUCAGCAGAAGGCCGGGAUGGUCUGGAAGUUCUCGAAACGCGCCGGCCUUCCGGCGGCUUCAGUCCCGAGGCGGUAUCUACGGGUUACACCGGUGAAAGGCACCAGAUAGCGCCAGGGCCCGAGAGAGAAGGCCCAGAGGCCGAGCCGCAGUCGGCAGAAGAUGGCCGGAGGCGGUGGAACCAAGCUAGUGGAUCGUCUUCGCUGGCUUCGACUUCCUCUUCCUCACCUCGAUCCCGGCAGCCCCAACCGCCAUCUUCGCUGCGACGGCGAACACUGAGGCGCGUCCUUCAGCGUCUGAAGAACCCCUGUGGAGCGGCGGACGGCAGCUGCAUUGAGCAGGGGGAGACGACUGCGAUGCCGGAUUGGCAGCUCGCCACAGAGCACCUGACAGCCGCGCUUGGAACACAGGCCCUCGACGCACCGCCGCGACGAAAGGCAGGAGCCUCACCAGCCUCUCAGUUGCCCCCGGCGGCGUCUCCGUGUCUCACCCCCUCUUUUCCCGCCCUUCCUCGCUCCGCGAGCGCGCCUCCCGCCUCGGGUUCUCACCCAUACGCGCACCGUUCUUCAGCUGCUCUGGCUUCUCGCCCCUCAUGCCGGUCCCCCGCAUGCACCGAGCCUCUUCGUUCGUACCCUCCCCUCGGCGCACCGCCACAGCGGCUUGUCCCUUCUUUCUCGCUAGUGUCAUCCGCGCGCCGCAGGCUGAUGGCGUAUCUGGGCCCUGUGACGUGUUCGUCGCCUUGGAAACCUCUCUGUGCAUCGGGGAAGAGUGUCAAAGGAACCGCGAAGGGACCGAUGGAAAAGCCGCGAGUCCAAAGACGUGUGGCGCGGCAGGAACUCGACCAUUUCUUCCGUCUGCGUUCCAUCCGCCUUCCUGUGGAGACGGCCGAGCAAGUUCUGCGGCAUCCGAAAGAGAUUCCUGGCUCCUGGGCAUCGCUGGAGACGCCAGCGUCUCGUCCCUGCGGCCGCGGCGCUCUUCCCCGCGAAUACGCGCUUCCCACCAGCGAGGGUUGGGAAACGAGCACCGCUCCACAAGACAGGCGGAGCGAAGAAGGCAAACGAGAGGAGGCUCGUAGGCUCGGCGGACGGGAUGUGCCGCAAGGCGACGAACGAGGAGAAAACGCGCAUGCGAAGGAGGGACUGGCCCAUGCAGCAGAGCCACACGAGGGCGCCCGCGAGGCGAGAGAGGAGCACCCAGACACUGACGACAAGGAGAGGAUUCGAAUGGAGUCGAGCCUCAAAGCUUUCGCCCAUGCUCUGCGAGAGCUGGCCGGCGACCCUGGGGCUGCAGAGAUACAGGGAGACGAGCGACCGCGAGCGCUUGAUGGAGUGUGUCUGUCUCGCGAGCAAGACGAAAAGGACGAAAACGCGAGAAACCAUUUCCUCUCGUCACCUUCGUCAGAAAAGGAACUUCGGCGGGAAGCCCGAUCCGGGGCAGAGGAAGGCAUACGAGCCCUUUCGCGUCGAAUUGAAAACUGGGGCCUCAUUCUCACGUCGUCGACCCGAGACUCCUGGACGCCUGGAAGAUGA